UCUCCGCCGCAGCAAGCAACAUGUCCUGUCUCAACCUCGCGUGCGCCUUCCUGAUGCUGGGCGCCGCGUGCUGCCUGGCUGCCAGCGUGCAGAAGCGUGGCGUGGUGUACCAGCCGGCGGGCGUGCUCCUGGGGACCCGCCCCCGCGAGCACGAGAAGCCCCAGGACCUGAGCAAGGUGCCCGGGGUGGCGGGGGUGGACUACCCCAUCUACCACCGCGCGCCGCCCACGAGCUUCUACUGCGGCGCAGUGCCAGCGCUGCCCGGCAUCUACGCCGACGUCGAGACCGGCUGCCAGGCCUACCACGUGUGCCAUGACGGCCGGGAGGGCGAGCAGGGAGCCACCUUCCUCUGCACCAACGGCACCCUGUUCAACCAGCUCGAGUUCACCUGCGACUGGUGGUACAACGUCAACUGCCCCGAGGCGCCGACCCUCUACAGUCUGAAUCUUGACCCUCUGAAGAACCCGUACUCGCCCAAGCCAAAGCUAGUGGAGACCCCGAUAGCUGUGGUCGCUCACAAGUGAAAUAUCUGACAUUCCUGUCUUCAGUUGGCCUGCUGAACCAGAAGUAUUUGUGUUCAUAAAAAAAAUAAGAUGUCGUUGCAGCUAAUUUAAUUAUUGAUUUGAUUCCCGAAAUAAACUGUAAAAGUCAAACUCUGUAUAUUUAUAAAAAAAGUGUGUUAUUUACCUGUAAUAUUUAUUAUAAAUAAAAUUCAUUAAAAAACCAAAA